AUGAACAUCAAUGUUAAUGCUGAACGUUGUAGAGCUUAUCGUCAACGCAUUAGUAAUGUAUCCGACCGUCUUCAAAACACAGAUACAACGCUUUCUCAACAAGGUAAUGAUAUUAGCGUUCCUCAAAAAGAGAAUAUAAUGCUAAUGAAUGAAGAUAAAAUGAUCCAGAAUGACAUUAAUAAUUAUUUUUAUCAAAUGCAUGAUUUGAAUGAUGAUGAAAUUGAAGUAAAUUCCUUUAUAUACAAGAACAACAGUGAUGAUUAUAGUGACAAUGAAACAAACUCCGAUUCUGAAUUAGAUUAUUCAACAGAUACUAAUGAUUUUGAUAAUACUCUUCUUUAUCCGAAUGGCUCUAUUUCUCUUCAUCAAGCAUAUGCAGCAAUUAAAAAUUUUAUUGUCAAUUCCAAUGAAGGUAAAUGUUCUUCUAAAUGUGUACUCAAUGGUCAUCAACGAACAGCCGAUUCAUUAACCGAAUUAGGUCAAGCUAAUAUUUUUCAACGAAUAAAAUCUGUUGUUAAACGUAAUUUACAUUUGAUAAUAGAAUAUCAACAACGUGCUCAUCGCCUUGUACCAAAUGAUAUAAUAAAUGGUACUUUCUAUAAACAAAUUCAUACAAAUAGUAAAUUUAAUCGUUUAACAUUGAGCAUUCAUGCUGAUGGAAUGCAAGUAAUCACCACCAAGCCAAAAAAGUUUUACGUAGUUACAGGAACAAUAUUAGAGAUACCACCUCCUCAUCGUGAGUAUGCUCGAAAUAAACUUUUACUUGUAGUUUAUUUUUCUGAAAACGAACCUACACCAUUACUUCUUUAUGAUCAUUUAUCACAACAACUGCAACAGUUGAUCAACGAAAAAUAUGUUAUUAUUGAUGGUGAAAAAUUUAAUAUUAGGCUCCAAUUGUUUAAAGCUGAUCUUCCAUGCCGGUCGCUUUCAAUAUGUAUCAAACAACACAAUGGUUAUUACUGUUGUUCUAAUUGUCUUCAAUAUGGAAAAACAUAUGAUGGUCCAAAUGUUUAUUAUCCUUAUACUGAUACAUAUCCAAACCGUUCACAUAGUGAUUAUAUUAGAUCAGCUACUGAAGCUGAACGAAAUCAAAAUCAAAUUUCUGUUUUUGGUAUACAUGGCAAGUCUCCAUUAUUAUCAUUAUUUGCUAAUGUACAAAUAAAUUGUCCAUUUGAUUACAUGCACUUGUGUUGUAGGUAA